AUGGAUUCUUCCUCAUGGUUGGAAGAAUUUGGGAGUUUUCGUCAUGACCUUGUGGGCAUGGCGGAGGCCAAGCUGAGAUGUGUUGUUCAGCUGAGGAAAUCAUGGGCUUGGAGUUUCAAUUACUUGAGGCAGGGACCUACUGCAGCUCUGAAACUCGUCUUCUUUCCUGAGGGCACUUUUAAUAUUGAAGGCAUUAUGUGA